ACCAACCCACCAGCGAAAGUUGUCGGUGGCCAGUUCUCUUUCGUGUCCUGCUGAGUGCGCUCACACAUUCUGACGCUCCUGAGUUUUAAAGAACAACUGGAGUGUUUGAUGUAUUGAGAAAUCGUUGGGGGUUGCUAAAGUCCAAACAAAACACCACAUACAUACCUCAAGAUAAUCAAGGACAUGGAUCAAGGAGUGGAACUCGUCCAAAAGCUACAAACCUCUAUACCUUCACCCAAACUUCUUUAUUUUGUGAUGGAUAAUUGGUUAUUGGUUCAUAAGAAUUCCUUUGAUCAUUUCAACGAAGACGGUGAACCUUUCAUUAGUCAGGUGUUCCUCAUCGAGAUCAAGACCGGUCGAUAUAUUCAUCGAUGCCAAGGCCAGAAAGUGGACCAUGGAAAAGCAAUCGAGUUGCAGGUCUUGACGGCUAAGCUGACCCAUGCUUUUCAAGGCACGAAACCCUGUCUUGGAUUCUUCAUACAAGAAGACAGUAGUGAUGAUGUUGAUCCCUUAAGCUCCACGACAGUACGGGAAUUUCCUUUCCGAAGACAGACGUCUCGAAAUUGUCAGUUUCAUUACAAAGUUCCAAAUGUGAAGUCCGAAAAGAGUGAAGAUAGAAAACAACGGUGUUCCCCAUGUCAAGUGCUUUGGCAAGAAAUUCUUUCAAGCCCCAUAAACCCCUCUGAUGCUCACCUCGAUGGUUCUGAUAUUGACCUCCGAACUAAUGCCCAAUCUAUAAUAGCCGAUAUUUUAACAAUCAAGCCCGGGAACCAUGAUGUAUUUGAACCUUCAUCUCCUUAUGGUUCUUCUUAUGACUCCAGUGAAGCUGUGCGCCAAGAAAUAUAUUCGAUGGCCAAAGAUGUAUUUGAAGGCCACAACGCUGACGGUGAGGAAGAUCAAGCGAAUCCCUACGAAGAACAUAGCCUUGACACCAUGGACAUUCAUGACGAUCUGUGUGAAGAUAAAGAAGAUCGGCGGGUCUCCCUGGAAGUGGUGGCAAAUAAGGAUAAUCCCCACUCGCUGAAUGUGUCAAAGGCUUUAGACGAAGCAUCCAAUUGCAUUUUCAAAAUCGGGCAUCGCAACGAGAUUCCAUGCCAAUCUAAGAAAUCAAGUUGUGUUAAUAGCAAGCCGUCCGUGGCAGAAUCAAAAGUCUCCUGGGAAUCUGUACGAAAACUUGCAUUUCCAAGAAAGGGUAAAAAUCGAUGUGUAUGUUGCUCUAUCGUGUUUCCAAACAAACGGGAACUGGUCAAGCACGUAAAGGAUCGACAAAAAGAAGAUCGUGCUCGCCGCAAAGUAGGUUGCCGUGAGUGUGGCGAACGACCCUUCAGGACCUUCAAGGAGCUGAUUCAACAUUAUUACAUCCAACAUCCAGAGAAGCUAGAAAAGAAUGAAGAGUAUCUACCCCAAAGCCAAGACUUGGAAACAAUGAAGGAGCCAAAGACUUGUUCCAUCUGUGAUGUAGUCAGUAAUGGCCGCACCUUGAACAGUAGACACAAGGAGAAAUAUCAUGUGGUGGGAAAUUAUUUGUGUAGUACUUGCCAGGAACCUUGUUUAACUUACUACGACAUGAUGAUUCACCGCUUCCAAGCUCACUUGAAAGCCACGGAUUCCAUUCCUAUCAAUUAUAAUGGCUUGGAUACCUCUGUGGAUGAAGAUGGUAAGAUAUCGUACAAAACGGACGGUCUCGUGUGUCAAAUCUGUUCCGAGUCGUUUAAAUGUAAAAAAACUUUUGCUAGUCAUCAAAGAAGAGCUCAUUCUUGGGGCAGAAUGAGGUGCAAACCGUGUGGUGAGUGGAGUAAUUAUGCCCAAGACAUCUCCGCUCAUACGUUACAUUUCCACAAAGACAAGCCCGAGGUUCUAUGUCCUACAUGUGACCAAAUGAUCGAUUUGAAAGACAAUCCAGCCGCCUUUGAUCUUCAUUUUCCCACUUGCUGCCCCAUCACCAGUGCAUACAGAAAGUCUUUGAUUGGUCCGUUUCAGUGUCCAAUUUGCGAAAAAAAAUACUCCCUCAAACACAGUUUGAAGGCCCACCUGAAGAUGCAUCAAGGGAUCAUCAAAUAUCAAUGUGAUUAUUGUGACUUUGGUGCCAACUUGAAGCACGCUCUUGUUCGGCACAAGAACAUGCAUCUGCGGAAUAUGGGCUUGCUGACAAAUGAGCCCGAAGCGGAUCAUUUGCGAGAAUGUAAGGUUUGCGGGAAAAAGCUUGCCCACAAGAUGUCAGUCCGUCGUCACAUGCGGAAUAUGCACGCAGAACAGAAGCCAGUUUUCCAAUGCAAGCAAUGCGGAGAGAAUUUUAGACACUCAGGGGCUCUUCACAAACACAAAAUACAAGUUCAUGACCAUGUGCCAAAAUCGAAGGCGUAAGGAAAGCUUGGAUUUUCAGAAAAUCGAAUAUUGAAGGUAAAUUCUCACCUGCUUUGAAUGAGAGAAAAUGCUCGACCCAUCGGACCAAAAAGUCAUAAAAGUGAAUUGUAAAUGAAAUGUGUAUCCAGGAAUUGGACAAGUCCACUGACCAAGAUUGACAACAACAAAAUUCAACCAUUGAGCGAUUAAAUAUUAUCUGCUGUUUUUUUGUGUCAUCUGUUCCGCUCCGUCUCUUCUGAUUCCUGGGUCAUAAGCAGACUGGAAUAAACAUGCAGAAUUAUGCAGAA